UCGAGAAAGAAGUCCCAAUUCCAGGACACGCCCCUCUUUCUCUCACUGUUGCAAGCCCUAAAAUUCCUCUUUUCUUUCUUUCUCCCCUGCUUUUCCUGCCCCCUUCUCCGAUCGGCAUCUGGACAGUAGUUCCCAUAAUGGUAACAAACAACCUUGCACUUGCAUUUGUGCACCUGUUUGGUUGAUAAUUUUAAAGACAACUUCCAAGGUCAUUGUCUCACAGGCAUUCGUUCUAGAAAUGCCACAGAAUCGUCGACCCCAAGCAGAAGCACAGGCUGACUCUUCCUCUGAGGAGGAAGAAUCAUCAGAAGAAAAUGAAGAGCAAGAAGAAUCUGAAUCUGAAGGUGUGGCGUUGUCACCUUCGCCAAAGAAGCCCUUGGCUCAAACAAAAUCACGGACCAGUCAGAUCUCUGCACAUCCCCAAUCCUCAUCCUCUGAUGACUCUGAGGCCGAAUCUGAUUCUGACCUUGAUUCUCCGUCCAAAAGUAUUACCCCAGCGGGCCCAAAUAUCAAGCCUGCUGCUUCAAGGCCCAUGGAAGAGCCACCUAAGGCAACCAAAAAGCCCAGGUCUAAGCCUAGUUUGGGCAGUCCAGAGUUGAAGUUGGGCACCACCCCUGCAAAACGACAGGUGGGCAGUGAGACUACGAACAAGCAAGAGUUGAAGAGGGUGAAAAGGAAACUGACAGAUGUGGAUGGAAGUGUUAAAGAUGACAAAGAAAAGAAGAUUCCCGAUGAAUCAAAAAAACAGUUGUUUCAAAGGGUGUGGAGCGAAGAUGAUGAGAUUGCCAUUUUAAAUGGUAUGAUUGAGUAUAUGACAAAGAAAGGGGCUGACCCGGUGGCUGACCAGAAUGCUUUUCAUGAUUUUAUCAAAAAAUCGCUGCAUGUUGAUGUGAGCAAGACUCAAUUGUUGGAUAAAAUCCGGAGAUUGAAAAAGAAGUAUAAGAACAAUGCAAACAAAGGUAAAAAUGGCCAAGACCGAACUUUUGCGAAGGCCCAUGAGCAAAAAUCUUAUGAAUUGUCAAAAAAGAUAUGGGGUGAUACAGUUAAUGGUGUAGGAGUGGAUAGCACAAAGGUUAAUGGGAAAGCAAGGAAGAGCAAAGAUCAAAUAGCUGCUGUGGCCUUGGCGAAUGUUGAUGAGCUUGCAUCACCAGAUCAUGUGAAGGAAGGAACAAAGGCAGAGAGUGAGCAAAAUGCAAUGAAGCCGUGGUCUAGAACCAAUGAUGAGUUAAGUUUGGAGGAGAAAAUGGUAAAGAAUGGGUUGAGGCUGAUUACUGGUCCUAAGAAGUUAGAAUUGGAGGAAAAGAGUAAGAAAGUUAUAGUGCAUGAAGUUGAGCAUUAUUUGAAGCAGCUGGAUUUACUCCGCGAGCAAACAAAAGUAGUAUUGGAAGCAAUGAAGUCAUCAGAGCAAUAGGGUUCUGCUCGGGUAAAUCAUGUUUUGGGUUUUCAAUGAUUGAUGCAAAAGACAGGUGUCAGAGUGAGUGUGUGUUGUUUUUAUUCAUAAGGAGUUCUCAGAAAUUAACUUACUAUGAAUUUGUAGCAUCUCUACUUAGAUAAACGUCAUAUGUCCUGUGAGUAUACUCUAAUUGCCAUGUAUGAAAUUUUUAUUUAGCACCUUAGAAGUUGAUUAUGUUUUUUUGAUAUUUUGGUCUUGACUACUAGAAUGAUAAAAUUGUUGUGUCUCGUCUUGUUUGAUUGGUCUUUGCCUCUAUGGAUUGUUCUGUCUGCUAUAGAAGACCUGUUAUUUAAUUUUUGUUA